AUGGAGACAAACACCUAUGUGCAAUUGUUUGUGGAAGAGAAAAGGGGAGCAAUCAAGCUUGUGUUUCCCACAGUGAAGAUCAAUUUUGGCACUGCCGCUACAUCAAACCCAUUCCGAUUUGGGGUCCAAGACGAUAACGGUGCUCAAUAUAAAGCAAUGGAGCCAGCACGUAUGGAUCAAAAUCUUCGAAGACAUCUCCCUGGAUCCACUGUUCGUGUGAAGGAUACACAGGCCAUUAACUUGGGUACCAGCAUUGUGAGUGUUCAAAUCGUCGAAGGCGACACCGAGCAGACCGUCAUGGUCCACGAAGCCCUACUCGGUGAUCGUUCAAAGUGCCUUCAAUCCAUUCUGAGCGAGAUGCAUAGCCAAGACAGCCACAAGAUCGUGGCGUUCAAGGAUGUCGAUCCACAAGCCUUCGCACUCUACAUCCAAUAUCUCUACACGGGUCACAUACCCAGCAAGCCAUCGCAGAAGACCGCCGCUGAGGGCGAGGAGUACUCCAUGCUAUGCAAGCUUUACGUCUUUGCAUUCAAACAAGAGGACAUUACUGCACAGAACGCGGCCUGCGAUGCCAUCUACGCCAAAGCUUACGAAUUCAUCGCACCCUCGCAAGAGGCAUUGCCCCGUAACGAGCACAUACGCAUCAUAUACAACGGUACCUCAAGUGAUUGCGCAGCCCGCCGCCUACUCCUGGAUGUACACGCGUCCCAAGCCAACCGCACAUGGAUGCGCGAUAAGAUGAAUGGCCUGCCCCCAGAGUUCACUUGCGACCUCGCGCGUUGA